AUGUCUCUGCAUCAGAAGAAUCCACAACGCUCACGGCGUCAAAGCCUUCAGACCCGCAGCGAGACCCAGGGCCUGCAAGCUGCACAGACGUCCGAGGCACUGGUGAAGACCCGUGUGUCUUCGCCUCCCCUAAUGCCUGGCAGUUCGAAGGGGGCUUCUGCUGCUGGUGUUCCCAGCACUCGUGAGGGUGCUCAGGGUUUCCUGUCAUCUCCUGUUGCCAUCACGGCCACCUCAUCAAGCAGAUCGGGUGUGCGCUCCAGUGGCCACAGGGAGGUGGAGAGCACUGCCCAGUCUGCCCCACAGCCCGCAGAAUUGCCCUUAGAUCCUAUAGAUAGGUUAGUGUCUCUUUUGGUGUGUUACCUGCUGCACAAGUAUCACAUCAAGGAGACUGUAACAAUGGAAGAUAUUUUCAAGGUUGUCUCCCCAGUAUGCAAUGAACACUUCCCUGUGAUCUUAGCGAAUGCCUGCCAGCGCCUGCAGGUGGUCUUUGGCCUGGAUAUGAAGGUAGUGGAUCCCCUCAACUACCGCUUUGAGGUCGUCAUCAGCAUGGGCCUCACAUAUGAUGGGAUGCUGUCUGGCCAAGAGCGCGUGCCCAAGACCGGCGUCCUGAUCGUCGUCCUGGGUGUGAUCCUCAUGAAGGGCAAUCGUGCUACCGAAAGGGAAGUCUGGCGAAUUCUGAAUGCGAUGGGCAUGCAUGCCGGGAGAGUGAACCCCUUUUUCGGGGAGCCCCGGAAGCUCAUCACCAACGAUCUCGUGAAGGAAAAAUACCUGGAGUACCGGCAGGUGGCCAACAGUGAUCCUGCCCAAUUUGAGUUCCUGUGGGGCCCGAGAGCCUAUGCUGAAACCACCAAGAUGAAAGUCCUGCAGUCCCUGGCCAGGGUUAAUGGGGUUGAGCCGAGUGCUUUCCGAUCUCAGUAUGAGGAUGCUCUGCAAGAUGAGGAAAAGAGGGCCCAAGACACCAUGUCAGACACGGCUGCCUCCCUUCUGGGGCCCCUGCUGGUUCUAGUGGCAAGUCUAGUCAUGCCUACUGUCCCUAGUGACCCCCGAGGCUGA